UAAAACUAUUGAUAAUUUGGUAAUUCAAUAAUUGGCAAUUGAUUUGUUUGUUUUUGGAUUAUAAUAAAAUUAAACUUAAAAAUAAAAAAUUAAUUGUAAUCUGGAUUUUAUCGCUGACUGACUGAUAAUGUGGUCAAUAUUGUCGUUGCGUUCAAACCUAAGAGGAAGAGUAGGAGGAGGAGGAGUAGGUCGACGACAACUACCGGUACUAUUGAAUACAUUCAAUACGGUUAUGAAAGACAUUGCCGACAUCCAGAAGCUGAUGAUGAUGUCUAGAGGCUGGAAGAGCAGUGCCAACAACAACAACGACAACAACGAUAUCAAUGAAUUGGGUAUCAGUGGUCGGUCAUACGAGUCGUUAAACUAUAUGAAAUCGCGACUAAUUGGACUCCGGAUGACAUUGUUCUUUGCCAUACCGUUUAUGUUGCCGUUUCUGAUAAUCCGUUAUCAUUUGAUGAUUGUGACCACUAAUCGGGAACCCAAUCUUAUUAUUACCGAACAUAUCGCCGAAAUGGACACCACCGAAGACCUGGACAGUAGUCAUGUCAGCGGCGACGGCGGCGCCGAUGAUAAAGAAAUUGACAGAAAAUAUUUCGACAACAUUUACGGUCCGAUUGUUGUCUAA